GCAACUUUUACUUAGCAAGCGCUACGUUUCGUUUAUUCGAUACAACCAAAGCCCUCCUUAACUCUCUUCUUUAUGUCCCCUCAAAACCUCCGCCAAAUUUAGCGGCGACUUCUACAACCUCCCCCCACAUUCGUUUAAAUCCUCGGAAUUCACUACAGCCUCCUCCAAAACUUCGCAUUUCCAAACCUCUACCAUUCUCUGCAACAACAAUGGCUCAAGUGGUGGCUAUGCGGGCGAUUCAGAGUUCGAUCCUUUGUCCUAGCUCUGGAUCGGUACAGGGCCGGACAGAGAAGCUGAAGCCUCCGAGCUUCGCUUCCAAAGUUCUGGCUCGCGAGGAAAAGAAGAAGAGCUGGAAAGCGUUUGGCAAUAAGAGGUUUGAGGUCACUGCAAAGCGACCCCUACAGACAGAGGUCGUCCCCGUCUCACCUGAAGACACACCCAAGAUAGAGGAUCAAUUUCAGAAGUUCCGGGCAGUUCAACAACAUGAUGACACAUCGGUGGGUAUGUGGUCAAAGCCAGUAGUCAAACGUAAGACAAAGAUUGUUUGCACAAUUGGUCCUUCCACAAACACACGUGAAAUGAUCUGGAAGUUGGCGGAGGCUGGAAUGAAUGUUGCCCGGCUUAAUAUGUCCCACGGAGAUCAUGCUUCUCAUAAGAAAGUUAUUGACUUGGUUAAAGAAUAUAAUGAGCAAUCUAAAGACAAUGUUAUUGCAAUCAUGCUUGAUACCAAGGGUCCUGAGGUUAGGAGUGGUGACCUGCCACAGCCAAUCAACUUGGAAAGUGGUCACGAAUUUACUUUUACAAUUCGUAGAGGGGUUGGCACAGCGGAAAGUGUUAGCGUGAACUAUGAUGAUUUCGUUAAUGAUGUAGAACCAGGAGACAUGCUUCUGGUUGAUGGUGGUAUGAUGUCAUUUCUGGUGAAGUCCAAGACAGAAGAAUCAGUGAAAUGUGAAGUUGUUGAUGGAGGAGAGCUUAAGUCUCGUCGACAUUUGAAUGUGCGAGGGAAAAGUGCAACAUUGCCUUCCAUCACUGAGAAAGACUGGGAAGAUAUUAAAUUUGGAGUGGAUAAUAAAGUUGACUUCUAUGCUGUUUCAUUUGUCAAAGAUGCACAAGUUGUUCAUGAAUUGAAGAAUUAUCUGCAAAGCUCUGGCGCUGAUAUACACGUUAUUGUAAAGAUAGAAAGUGCAGACUCUAUCCCAAAUUUGCACUCCAUUAUCACAGCAUCUGAUGGGGCUAUGGUUGCAAGAGGAGAUCUUGGUGCAGAGCUCCCUAUUGAAGAGGUUCCACUUCUGCAGGAAGAGAUAAUCAGGAUCUGCCGUAGCAUGGGGAAGGCUGUUAUUGUGGCAACAAAUAUGCUGGAAAGCAUGAUUGUUCACCCAACACCAACCAGAGCUGAGGUCUCAGACAUUGCCAUUGCUGUUAGAGAGGGCGCUGAUGCAGUCAUGCUUUCAGGAGAAACUGCUCACGGAAAGUUCCCAUUGAAGGCCGUGAAAGUUAUGCACACUGUUGCACUUCGGACAGAGGCAACCAUCUUAGGUGGUGAAUUGCCAGCGAAUCUUGGUAAAGCUUUCAAGAACCACAUGAGUGAGAUGUUUGCUUACCAUGCAACCAUUAUGUCCAAUACUCUUGGUACCUCAAUUGUUGUCUUUACCAGGACUGGUUUCAUGGCUGUUCUUUUGAGCCAUUAUCGGCCUUCUGGGACCGUAUUUGCCUUUACAAAUGAUAAGAGGAUACAACAGAGACUGGCUUUAUAUCAAGGUGUAUGUCCAAUAUACAUGGAGUUCACAGAUGAUGCUGAGACAAGUUUCAGCAAUGCCUUGACUGUGCUGCAGAAGCAAGGCAUGGUAAAGGAAGGAGAAGAGGUGGCACUCGUUCAGAGUGGCAGACAACCCAUUUGGCGGAUCCAGUCCACUCACAAUAUUCAAGUGCGCAAAGUUUAGAUGCAAUGGAGAUGGAAGAGAGCCUCGUAACUUAGUUAUCUGCCUUUACACCACGAUAAUUUCGAGUCAUUAUAGCAUUUCUGGUGUACUUCAGCGGAAUUGCCGCAAUAGUUUCUUGGUUUGUUUUUCCCCCUCUUUUAUGUAUGCCUUCGUGUCUUAUAUGCUAUUUUUUGUACUCCGAUUUUCCCCCUUCGAAUUAAUUUGGCGUAGCAGAACAGUGAGUGGAUGUUAAAUUAUAAAUUUGGCAGUUGGAAUGAAUCGUUUAACUUAA